GUGAGCGGAGCCCAGCACGGGGUCCGGGCCGUGUGAGCGCCGGGCAGCUGGGGGCGGCGGCACCCAGAGGUACCGUGCGGGGCAGCCCCCCGGCUGGGGAGCCCCUGCCCAGGGAGCCCCCUUCACCCAGCCCCCCAACCUCUGCCUGCGAGUUCGUUCUACACCGGCCCCCCAGGCCCAUCCCCCACCUAGGGCAGCCUGUGCCCCCAGCAACUGGCCCCCCGUUCCCGCUUCCCCCUCGCCUUGUGGGCAGUGAGCCCCUCUCUCCACGUCAGGGCACCCUGCCCCCCAGCCCCCCUCCCGGGCUCCGAGCCGUGCUGCGGGUGCUGGCCCCAGGGGCUGCGGAGUGGGGACACGAUCUCAGCCCAGCUCCGUGCAGGCAGCAGACCCUGCCGGGUGUCAUGUGCGUAGGGUCCCCGGGGCAGGGGGCGGCUGGGUGUGCUCUGACUGGGGAACCCGCGGCACCUGCUGAUCCCGAACUCUCCAGGUCUUUCCUCCUCGGACUGGAGGCAGGGAUUUGAGGGUGGGUUAGAGGGCGGCUGCACCCCUGCAUCCCCGGGCCAGGCGGCGCGGCCUGCGGGGUGAUGGGGAACGUGCUGGCACCAGUGGUCGACUUGCACAGACCUCUGCGCCGGGAGGAGCCGCUUACCAACCCAGGCAGCUUCGAUGAGCUCCACCGGAAAUGCAAAGAAGUCUUCCCCCAGCAGAUGGAAGGGGUGAAGCUGAUCAUCAACAAGGCCCUGAGCAGCCAUUUUCAGGUCACCCAUACCAUUCACAUGAGCACUGUCGGCCAGUCCAGCUACCACUUCAACACCACCUAUGUAGGAGACCAGCAGCUUAGCCCCACCGAGACCUUCCCCAUGCUUGUCGGGGACAUCGACAGCUGCGGGAGCCUCAACGCUCAGGUGCUGCACCUGGUGGCAGAGCGGAUCCGCACCAAGGCCAUCUUCCAGACACAACAGGCCCGGUUUGUGACAUGGCAGUUCGACGGGGAGCUCCGUGGCGAUGACUACACGGCCACACUGACACUGGGCAACCCCGAUGUGCUCAGCCAAUCAGUCAUUGUGGUGGCGCACUUCCUGCAGAGCGUGACCUCGCGGCUGGUGCUGGGCGGGGAGAUGGUGUAUCACCGGCGCCCGGGCGAGGAGGGCGCCAUCGUCACCCUGGCAGGGAAGUACACGGCUCUCAAGUGGGUGGCGACGCUGAACAUUGGUUAUGGCGGGGCCCAUGCCAGCUACUACCACAGAGCCAAUGAGCAGGUGCAGGUCGGGGUGGAGUUGGAGGCCAACACCCGACUGCAGGACACAACCUUUGCCUUCGGCUACCAGCUCAACCUGCCCCAGGCCAACAUGGUCUUCCGAGGUCUCCUGGACAGUAACUGGUGCGUGGGGGGCGUCCUGGAGAAGAAGCUGCCACCUCUGCCCGUCACCCUGGCCUUGGGCGCCGUCCUCAACCACUGGAAGAACCGUUUCCACUGUGGCUUCAGCGUCAUCGUGGGCUGAGGGGGCAGUGCCCUCGCAGGGCUCCCUGCUCUCGCCCCAGCCGGUGGGGGCAGGGCAGAGCCUGGCAUCAAGUGGAUUCUGACUGGUUUGCU